AUGCUAGAGAUGAUCAGGUGCUUGUUAAUGAGAAGGAUCCAGUGGAGGAGGGAUAAGAUGACCAGUUGGCCUCAUCAAAUAUGCAGUGGUCUAGUGGUCCUAAAUAACAAGUGGAUGCAGGAAGAAGUGACCAAUAUGUGGUGGAUUUGGAUAAUCACACUUGUUCUUGCAGAAAGUGGGACUUGUCAGGCAUUCCUUGUGCUCAUGGAAUUGCUGCCAUACAUUACAAAGGAGUUAUGGGAGAAGACAAACCAGACAGCAAUAAAGCCACCAGCCUACACUAGACAACCUAGAAAACCUAGAAAGGUGAGGAUAAAAGGAGCUGAAGAGAGAAUAGAUAAGACUAGGAAAAAAUGGUUGGGAAGACAAGGAAUGCAAAUGCGGUGUAGUAUUUGUGACUCAACUGGCCAUAACAAAACCCCUCACCAUCGGAAUCUACCUCAAAAGGAAAAACCCCUAUCAAUGGGUAAAGGAAGACCAAGAAAAAUAUCUAACCAAGACCCUGCAGUUGCUGCUGAUGAAGCAAAAGCAGCUGCAAGAGUUAGGAGAAAGCUUGCAUAUGCAAGGGCAAAGGUUGCUGCUGCUGCAAAGAAGGCUGCACUAAAUGCUUCCCAGCCAAACUGGAAUAGGAUUGAGAGCAUCCAAGCGACAGAGAACAUAGGCUCUUAG